CAGCCAACCAACCUUCCCUCUUCUCGUGUCUCCCAGGUUCUUUGUACGACCUGGCGGCAUCAUCAUAGCUUCAUCGAAAUGGCUACUAUUCAGACAAUCGAGCUACAUCCCGCUAUAGCGGCGGAGGCCGUUUCUCUGUCUGAGCUCCCUCGGCGCCCGGAUAUCGUCUCCACCGACUCCGGCCGACCCGCCACGGCGCCGUCUCCGGACUCGGAGCCGCCCUCGAGCGCUGUCCAUCAGCCACCGCCUCUGACGUCUGGCCGCGUGUUUCGCGCAAUCGAGCCCAUAGCCGUCCCGCCCGUGAGCCAAGGACUGCGGUUCUUGAUUGCGCUGCUGGUGAUUUUCGCAAACUUGAUCCAGGUCCGACUUUGCGCCAAAUGUUAACCCUCCCCGUCUUCAUGGAUGGACACUGAUGACCAUGGACAGUUCACAUCCAACUUCAUCACGUUCAGUGCCGGACUCUCUCUCAGCAAGCUACUCGGCCGAGAUGUCGGGCCCGGGCAGGCGAAUUGGAUGGCGGCAUCCUACUCCCUGACACAGGGCGCAUUCGUGCUCAUUACUGGGCGGCUGGGAGCCGUGUACGGACACCAGAGGUUGACACUGAUAGGGCUGUUCAUCUUCGCCCUCGGCUCGCUGGUCAAUGGAUUCUGCCGUUCGUACGAAAGCUUCAUCGCGAUCCGAGCCUUAUCCGGGGUCGGCGGAGGCAUCUUUAUGCCCAACGCGGUCACCAUCCUGACCCUCAUGGUCCCUCCCGGCCGGGCGAGGAACGUCUUGCUCGGACUGUUUGCUGCCUCGCCGCCCAUCGGCGGCGUCAUCGGAGCUCUGACCGCUGGACUGUGUGCCAACGCUGGAGGCUUGUGGAGCUAUACAGGGCUCUUCGCCGCCAUCGCGACAACGUCUGCGGCGUGUAUGGUGCUACUCUGGGUAAUCCUUCCUCGAGAGGAUCCGGUGGACCGGCAUGGGUCCAUUGACUACGUUGGGGCCGCUCUGGGGCUCGGCAGCCUGUUGCUGUACAACAUUGCUUGGAACCAAGCACCGUCCGUCGGCUGGUCGACGCCGUACGAAAUCGCCAUUCUCGUCUUGGCAGUUGCGUGUUUCGGGGCCUUUCUCUACUGGGAGAAGGCGUGGGCCAAGGACCCCAUCAUGCCACUCGACGUCUUUCGCACGCCGACGUUUCUGGCGCUCAUCUUCGUGGUCCUGCUGAGCUACAUGGCCUUUGGCAUCACGCUGUGGUACUCCAUCGCAUGGCAGCAGACCCUGAGAAACAUCUCCGUCAUGCAGACCGGCGUCAACUUCGUCCCCUUUGGCGUCGGGUCGGUCGCGUCCGUGGCCCUCGCCGCGUACCUGCUCCCGCGCGUGGCGGCGCAGUGGAUCAUGGCCAUGGGCGUCGCCGUCGUGCUGGCCAGCAGCCUCUUGCUCGCCACCAUGCCCAUUGACCAGAGCUACUGGUCCCAGACUUUCCCCGCCAUGGUCCUGUCCAGCUUCUGCCCUGACUUUGUCUAUCUCGCAGCGCAGAUCAUCGCGAGCAACAGCGUCAGCCGCAAGUAUCAGGGCGUGGCCAGCAGCCUUGUCGGUACGCUGAACCUGUACGGCAACAGUCUCGGCCUGGGCUUCGCGGGCACCAUUGAGACGGAGGUGACGAAGAGGAUCGCCGCGGGCUCGUCUGCGCCCGAGAGCGUCGCGGACACGGUGUCUGGGUAUCGCGCAGCGUUGUACUUUGCUGCCGGCAUUGCGUCGCUUGGUUUAGUGCUGGACUUUGCUUUUGUGCGAGUGCCCAAGAAUGAGAGAGAAGGAUGGGUUGAAGAGUUGGAGCACGACAACGGUCCUGAGCCGCGAUUAGGGGCCGUACUCGCCGCAGAAGCGACCGCUGUGGACAGACAGACUCUGGCGUAGUGAGAGAGAGACAUAGUCCAGCCAGCCAGCCACGGGUUGGAAAGAACGCCGACUUGGGGCGUGGCAAACUACCUGCAAAUCCAGGACCAGCUGGGCCGUUUAAACGUGUAAAUAACACCACCUCCUUGGCAA